UUUCUAAAUGUGUUUCCACUCCUAGAAAUUCGUUUCGGUCUUUUAAACUAAGCUAGUUUUGAAAACGUACGGCUAUGUCUCCAUGUUGGUAUAUUAUUUAGGAACUACUACUUGAAGAUUGGAAGAGCAUUUUAGUGAAGCAGCAACAGAAAUCACCUACAAUUUUGUGUCGAAAUUGUGGUCAUUUCCUGGGACCAUUAGCAUCGUUAAGAAAGUAUAACAUAUUUUAUACAAUUAUUGAUCCUGAAUUUAUGAAUCGAAUUUUAUUGGACACAGAAAAUGAUAAAGAAACAACAGCCAAAGCUUUUUGUGGUAACUGUAAGAAACAAAUUGGUGGUACACAAAAGUUACCUGCUAAAGCGAAGAUAAAUGAAAUUUAUUCAUUACAACGUGAAAAAAUUAAAAUAAAAGAAAUUGAUGAAAAUGGUGCUGAUAAAUAUUCGAACAUAAAAACAUGGACUGCUCUACCUUUUCCCAUACCUGAUUUGGAUGUGUAA